CUCGCAUCGGCUCCGGCACCGGCUCCGUUCGCGCCUCUCUCCGGGGCCUGCCACCCCCUGUGCACCCCUCCCGGUCCCGGAAUGAAGGUUCUCCGGCACAAGAUCGAGCUACUGACAGGGCUGCUGCUGCAGGAGAUGACCAUGGCCGGGCUGCACGAGCUGCGCUUCACUGAGGAGAAGCCACUGCUGCGGGGCCAGGAGGCCGAGCUGGAGAACUCCGAUGUCUUCCUCUUCACUGUGGACUCAGACUGGAAGGAACAUGACAUUGAGACCCCCUACGGGCUGCUGCAUGUGGUUAUCCGGGGCUCACCCAAGGGGAAUCGCCCGGCCAUCCUGACAUACCACGAUGUGGGCCUCAACCACAAGCUGUGCUUCAACACCUUCUUCAACUAUGAGGACAUGCAGGAGAUCACAAAGCACUUUGUGGUGUGCCACGUGGAUGCGCCGGGCCAGCAGGCAGGAGCCUCACAGUUCCCUCAGGGGUACCAGUACCCAUCCAUGGACCAGCUGGCUGCCAUGUUACCCAGUGUGGUGCAGCACUUUGGGUUCAAGUAUGUGAUUGGGAUCGGUGUUGGGGCAGGAGCCUACGUGCUGGCCAAGUUUGCGCUCAUCUUCCCUGACCUGGUCGAAGGUCUGGUCCUCAUGAACAUCGACCCCAAUGGCAAAGGCUGGAUUGACUGGGCAGCUGCCAAGCUCUCUGGCCUCACCAGUACGCUGCCAGACACUGUCCUGUCCCACCUUUUCAGCCAGGAAGAACUGAUGAACAACACAGAGCUGGUGCAGAGUUACCGGCAGCAGAUCGGGAGUGUGGUGAACCAGUUCAAUCUCCAACUCUUCCUCAACAUGUACAACAGCCGCAGGGACUUGGACAUCAACCGGCCUGGGACUGUGCCCAAUGCCAAGACUCUGCGCUGCCCUGUGAUGCUGGUGGUUGGAGACAACGCGCCUGCUGAAGAGGGGGUGGUGGAGUGUAACUCCAAGUUGGAUCCCACCAACACCACCUUCCUGAAGAUGGCUGACUCUGGUGGGCUUCCCCAGGUCACACAGCCUGGCAAGCUGACUGAAGCCUUCAAGUACUUCCUGCAAGGAAUGGGCUACAUCACCCACCUGAAGGACCGGAGGCUGAGUGGAGGCACAGUGCCCUCUGCCAGCAUGACCCGCCUGGCACGCUCCCGAACAGCCUCCCUGACCAGCGCCAGCUCCGUGGAUGGCACCCGCCCCCGUGCCUGCACCCACUCGGAGAGCACUGAGGCCAUGGGGCAGAUCAACCACACCAUGGAGGUAUCUUGCUGAGGUCCACACCUGUUUCCAGCGUCUCUUCCAGAGCCACAUCCCAUCUGUCAGCAUCCCGCCAGCACCCACCUGCCCCGUGGAUGUCCUCCACCACGGCCCUUGCUCUUUUAGGGUUGAUUUGGGUCAUCUUUGCUGUUGGCCUCAUCCCCUCGUCUGGUACUGGAGAAAGAGAGGAGCUUUGCUUCACUCACUGCCUCUGGGCUCCAGCUCCUGACUUUACCCAGAAGUCACACAUGGUUCUGCAUUGGUUCUCACCCUCCCUAGCAGUGGCUUGGCCCUGGCUUGGGAGGGUGGGUGGCAUGGGCAUGGAUCUAGGGUGGGGAGCAGGGGCUGGGUGGUGGGAUAGGUUAGGACAGCAGAACAUGGAGAAGACACAGGAGAGAGGUUGGUCCUUCAAGGUCAUCUUGACAGCCGGUCCAGCCAGAGGGAAGAUGGGACAGAGUGUCACUCACUGGGAGGUCACCAUGUCCUUCCUGGGGCUGCAGCUCCCAUUUAUCUCCAUUACCCUUUCCUUGAGAGAGCUUGCCCUGGAUCCCCCAGCCCGCCCAGGUUCUGCUUCUCCACAGCUGACUGAGCAGUGUGAGAAACGACACCCCAACUGUCCCCUUCCUCUGGUCAUGUACCCUGAGGGCUGUCCCAGAGCAGGGGGAAAGGGCUCAGCCCUGCUUCAUUAGCCAUUGAGGCAGGAGGGUGGCAUAGGGUACCCAUGCCCUCACCUGUUGUGGCACUUUCUUGGUCCCUUGUUGCAAGAAGGACACCCACCACCAAAACCAUGCUGAGGUAUGUGUCAUGGCUUGUUUGACCUCUGUCCCUCAGUGGUUCCAUUCCCAGCUCUUGGGAUGAGGCCACCAGGGCUCAGAGGCCACUGGGUUUGGACACGUCACAUAGCAACUCCCCCUCCAGUUCUGUCACAGCCUGGGAGUGUCACUGCAGUGGAGACAUUAGCAAUAAGAUGAGGCAUUGCCCCUCUACAAUGCUGGGGAGCCCUCGCCACCCUCUGCCCUGCAGGGUGCUGGCAGUCUGGGGUGACCCAUGGGACAUAGGGAGCACCCUGAUGCCUGGCUUUGCCCACAGAGCUGGUGAGACCCACCAUGGCCCCCCACAUCCAUACCUCUAACCCCAGCAUCUCUCAAGGGCUUGGCUCCCCCUGAGCCACAAGGCCUCAUCUGGCCCCCAGCUUUGGGUGGGUCCAGCCCCUGGUGCUCAGCAUGGAGAGGCACAUCAUGGCACAACCCUGCCCUCAGCACCCAGUCUCUGCUGCCAUCCCUGGUCCACCCCAAGGACAGCAGCAUGCAGCUCCUGCUGCAUUCAGGUAAUGGAGCCACCAGCUCUGGGUGUUCAGGUCUGUAUGUGUAGUCUGGGGGACGUGAGCAGGGACCUGUAGGGGAUCCCCUGGCUGCUCCCCUGCAGGUGAGCAUAACCAACCUACUGGAGCUCCCUCAAAAGCACUCGCCCUGAGAUGGUGUUCCUGCUCUGCAGUGAAUGGCACAGGGACCUCAGGGCUCUCAGCAGGUGUACAAGGGCCUUUGGGUGCCCCACUCAGCCCCUCCCACAUUGAAUGGCCACCCUGAAACACCAAUGUCCCCAUUUGUCCCCUACUUUGUUCUGCUGUGUGCUGCUUUCUCAGUGUGACUCUGAAAGCUACGUAGCUCCUUUCUACUGUAGAUACCGCUGCAAUCUUGUUUUCUCAGUGUCCUUCCAGAUGAUAUAUAUAUAAAUACCUAUAUAUAAUAUAUAUAAGGGUUUGUCUGGUCCCUGACCUUUUUCAGUUCAUUCCCCCUUGCAUCCUUGUCCAAGCAGUGCCAUGCUCACCUUCAGUUCCUCACCUUGGUUUUGUUGGUCAGUUUGGUUUUCCCUGGUGGUUUGUUCUUUUGACUUUGGUUGGCUUUCCCUUUUUCCUGGCCACAGUGAAAUUUAACGUUUUCCUGUUUGAGCACAACCUGGUUCUGUCCUGAAGGCCGCAGCACACACCGGAUGGUGAAACAUAAACCAGAUUAAACUAACCUGUUGCUGUAGAGAGGAUUUACUGUGUUGGAGAAAACCCAACAAGCUAAUAAAGAUGUUAAGAACCUGC